GCAAAUAAUGGCGGCGCUACAACAAAAACAAGAUAACACAAGCAGCGUGAGUCACGGACGUCGUAGAAGAUUUGAAAGGCAUAGAAUCAUCUAUUCACAAUCAAACACAUUGGAACGCCAUAAGCGAAGCCAUCGCACGACAGAAAAACGCGAAAGUGGCGAAGAUAGUUGGUGCUGCCGAUGAUAUCGCGCUAGAGGUGAUUUAGCGGAUGUUGCGAGCGUCAGCAAAACUGAGAUGGUAUUAAUACAGGACUGGCUAGGUUCAAUAGGUCUACAACUCGGCGAGAACAAGACGGCCGCGGUGCUGAAGUCGCGCAUAAAGAAAGUCGAACAAGAGCGCAUAAAACAGGCCAAUAUUUUGGUCGAAGCUAAACCAGAGAUCGGUUAUUUAGGGCUUCUACUGAAUACGAAGUUGAAAUUUAAACAUCAUUUACAAUAUGCCGAUUACUUGGCGCCGUUCUCAAAUGCCCAAGGACUAAAGAAAAUGUUAUUGGGGUUGAAUGUGUCGACAGCAGCGCUAAUUUACCCAUCUACAGGGCCUGAUAACAAUUUGAAAUUAAUUGUGGAGACGAAUUACGUCGUCGAAAGAAGAUUACUUUCGGACAAACAGACGGAUAAUGAGGAAAUGCUGCAGAUAGCUGGGGAAAGGGGAGGUGAUUGUUUGGAUGUUGUGUCGAUCGAUGAGCGCAAACAUUGGAGAAUGCGGCGGGCAGAGAGUCUGCCGGAUGUUAGUGAAUUGGAAAGUGUAGCUAAUUGAUAGCUGUUAAGGUGAAGGAUAAAUAAAUUAAAUAUAUAGGAAAAACAAAUAAAAAAAGAAAAUUAAAAAAAUAAUAAUAUUUAUUAGUUUAUAAAUUUAUAUGAUAAAUUAAGACAUAAUAUAUAGUCACAAUAUCUACAUAUAAUCUAAAGCAAAGCAGAAAGGACCUUUCAACUCACUUUCGCUCCUCUUGUUCGCUCUUAAGCAGUUCAGUUAUUAUUUGUAGUGCACUAUAUAUGUAGAAAUGUAAGUGUUUAUGCACCCUAUGUG